AUGGAAUUUUCUGUUGUUUCUUUUGCUCUCAAAACAAUCGGCAAGCUAACACAAGAAGUCACAUCCUUGUAAGGUGUGGAUGAAAAAGUUCAGGGCUUGGCAAAUGAGCUGAGAUGGAUGCAACGCUUAUUGAAAGUAGCAGACGUAAGAAGAGUUGAUCAUGAGGUGAUACGCACCAGUGUUGUUGAAAUCAGAGAGUUGGCCUACGAUGCUGAAGAUGUGAUCGAGACGUUUUCCCUCAAAGUUGCUUUCAAACGAAAAGAUGGAUUUUCAAAUUACAUCAAAAGGUCUGCUUGUUUCCUCAAUGAGGGAUGCCUGCUCCAUCAGAUCAAGUCGGAGAUAGAGAAAAUCACUGUCAGAAUCAAAGAAUUGAUUCAACAAUUGAAGGCGUAUGAUGUAUCAAAGUUAGGGGUUGAUGGAAAAGGACCAAGUUCUUCAACUAAAAGGCGGGAAUCAAGGCAGUCUUAUCCUCAUGUUAUGGAUGAUAACAUUGUUGGAUUGGAUAAGGAUAUCAAGAAACUGGUCUUAGUUCUUGUCGAUAAGGGAAGUGAAUGCAGGGUUCUCUCCAUAUGUGGCAUGGGUGGUCUGGGGAAAACCACCCUUGCCAAGAAAAUAUAUCGUCAAAGCCAAGUUGCCAGUCAUUUCAAACACUUGGCAUCGAUAUAUGUUUCUCAAAACUUUCAAAAAAGAAAAGUUUGGGAAGAAAUUCUAUCUGAUCUUACCAUCUUAAGUGAAGUUGACAAGAAGAUGAAGGUUGAAAAUUUGGUAGAGAAGUUAUCUAGUUUCUUAGAGGAAAACAAAUGUUUGGUUAUACUCGAUGAUAUUUGGAACACUGAGGCUUGGGAUAACUUAAAACCAGCAUUUUCAGCAAAGGAGACGAGAAACAAUAUAUUGCUCACCUCUCGAAAUAAGGAGAUAGUUUCUGUUGAGCAUUGGCCUACAAUGCAACAUGUGACCAGCAACUCAGCAAGUAAGCCAGCAAUAGAGCAGAACCGAAUGCAACAGCUUGUUGAUUUUGUUCAAAUCAAGAUGAGCUUCACUCUACCUCUACCUCCAGUGUUUGCUGGUGAAAACUACUACAUUUGGGUAGUCAAGAUAAAGAUAUAUCUUCAAGCUCAAGACUUGUGGAGUGUAGUUAAGAAUGAUUUCGAGCCACCUCCAUUGAAGGCUAAUCCCAUAAUUGCUCAAAUGAGGCAGCAUGCUGAGGAGAGCACAAAGAAGCAUAAAGCCUUGGUCUGCUUGCAAAAUGGAGUGACAGAUGUAAUCUUCACUCGAAUCAUGGCUUGCAGCACACCUAAAGAAGUAUGGGAGAGGCUGAAGGAGAAUUUUAUGGGAUCGGAUAAAACAAGGCAGCAACAAGUGAUUAACUUGGGAAGAGAUUUUGAGAACCUGAAAAUGAAAGAAUCUGAGAGCAUCAAGCAAUAUUCAAACAGGAUCAUGGCCACUGUCAACAGCAUAAGGUUGCUUGGUGAAGAUUUCAGUGAUACCAGGGUUGUUGAAAAGAGAAGAGCCAACAGACAGGAAGAACAUCCUGAAGGAGCCUUCCAAGCAAAGGCCAAAGAUGGUCCAGAUAUUCAAUGUCGGAGCUGCAAGCAGUUUGGCCAUGUUGAGAAAGUGUACAAGAAUAAAGCAAAGGCACCAGCACAGCAGCAGAUCCAAGCUCAAGCUGCUGAGGACCUUCAGGCUCAAUAUGAGCAUGUUUUCACAGCCACAAGCUUUACUACCACAAGCAAAGUCAAAUACAACUGGCUGGUGGAUAGUGGCUGCACACAUCACAUGGCAGCUGAUGAAAGCCUGUUCAAAGACCUUGACAGAAGCUAUGCCUCAAAAAUCAGAAUAGGCAAUGGGAGUCUGGUUGAAGCCAAAGGAAAGGGGAAUGUAGUGAUCAACACUGCCUCAGGUAACAAAGUCAUUUCAGAUGUGCUUUUUGUAUCUGACAUUGAUCAGAAUCUGUUGAGUGUUGGUCAGUUAGUUGAAAAAGGGUAUUCCCUAGUUUUCAAGAAUGAUUCAUGUGUUAUUGAAGACUUUCAUGGCCAGGAAAUGAUUACUGUAGGCAUGGUAGACAAAUGUUUCAUGCUUGAUGUGAAUCAGCUCAAGAAGAAAGCUUAUACAAGCUUAGCUGAUAAUGCAUGGAGAGCUCGAGAAAGGCUUGAGCUGGUGCACUCUGAUGUUUGUGGACCAAUGAAGUCCCCUUCUUUGAAUGAAAGCAAAUUCAAGGCAUUAGUAGAGAACCAGACAGGUUGCAAGAUUAAGGCCUUGAGAACUGACAAUCGGACUGAAUACUUAUCUGAGAGGUUUCAAAAGCUUUCUGAAAGAAGAACCAAACUUGAGAAAGAGUCUACUCUUGGUAUAUUUGUUGGCUACAGUAGUACCAAAAAAGGCUACAGAGUGUAUGACCAUUCAACAAAGAAGAUUUUGGUGAGCAGGGACAUCAAAUUUGAUGAGGAGAAGUUUUAUAGUUUGGAAGAGCCAGCUGAGAAUGAACCAAAAAAUGAAGACAUUAAUGAUCCUCCUGUGAGAGGAACUAGAACCAUUGCUGACAUUUACCAUAGAUGCAAUGUUGCUAUAGUUGAGCCAUCGAGCUAUGAAGAAGUUGGAAGGGGCAAAUGCUGGAGAAAGGCUAUGGAAGCGGAGCUUGAGAUGAUCAAGAAGAAUAAGACAUGGGACUUGAAACAAUGGAAGAUUCAUCAACUUGAUGUCAAAUCAGCUUUCUUGAAUGGUUUUCUCAAGAAAGAAAUUUACAUAGAGCAACCAGAAGGCUUUAAAGUUCAAGGACAAGAAGACAAGGUUUAUAGACUAAAGAAAGCCUUGUAUGGCCUGAAACAGGCACCAAGAGCCUGCCAACAUGCUUUUGCAUUGAAGAUCCAUAACAGAUUUUGCAUGUCAAACUGCAAAUCAGUGAGCACACCAGUAGCACAAGGGGAGAAGUUGUCUAGUGAUGGGAGUGAAGUAAGAGUUGAUGAAAAAGAAUAUCGAAGCCUGGUAGGUUGCCUGCUUUACUUAACAGCAACUAGGCCUAAUAUUAUGUUCGGUGUUAGUCUCCUAUCAAGAUUUAUGCACUGCUACAAUGUAAUUCACCUCAAGGAAGCUAAAAGAAUUCUCAGAUACAUCAAAGGGACUCUGAACCAUGGAGUCAUGUUUAAGAAGGAAAAUGAGCUCAAGCUAAUAGGAUUUUCUGAUAGUGACUGGGCUGGUUCUGUUGAUAACAUGAAGAGCACCUCUGGCUACUUCUUUACUCUCGUUGCUGCCAAUGUUGCAACAGUUUCACAUGCUGACAGAAAAGGUUUCUUAUAUGAGUUGCAGUGUCUAAACUACGAACAAAGCUGGAAACUAUUUCGAAAAAUUGCCUUUCCCCAUACAGGGUAUAAAAUUGAUGCAAAAAUGAAAGAGUUAGGAGAAGACAUUGUUAAACAUUGUGCAGGGCUUCCAUUAGCCAUCAUUAUAUUGGGAGGAAUUUUGGCUACAAAGCAUUAUUCAUUAACUGAAUGGCUGAAGGUACCUAAAAAUGUGAAAUCAUACUUGAACAACGAUAAAGGUGAAGUAGUAAGACAUGUGUUAGUAUUAAGUUAUAAUGAUUUGCCUCCCUAUUUAAAACAUGCAUGUUUCCUUUAUUUAAGUCAAUUUCUAGAGGAUUAUGAGAUACCUGUGGAUAGAUUGAUUCAGUUAUGGGUUGCGAAAGGUAUUGUUUCAUCAAAGCAAGAAAAAGAAGAUAAAGGGAAAAUAGAGAAAAAUGUGGCAGAACAUACUUAAUGGAGUUUGUAGAGGUGCAUGAUUCAAGAACGAGAAAGAGACGUUGCAACCUUAAAGAUGAGAAGUUUUCAGAUGCAUGAUCUAAUGAGAGAUGUUUGCUUGUCAAAGGCAAAACAAGAAAAAUUCCUCUAUAUUGCUAAUCAAUCAAAUGUGUGCCAGUUAACCACAAAGGGGAGGGCUCGCAGAGUUUCUGUACACAAAUUGUUUCCUAUACAAUGCAUUAAAAGAGGCAAGUUACCCAAUAACAUUGGUAAACUCAUCCAUUUAAGAUUCUUGAGGCUAAGGGAUUUGAACUUCUGGUGUUCAAAGUUGCCAUCAUCUCUAGAUAACUUAAGGUGUUUGCAAACUUUGGAUUUAAGAAUUAUAGGAAAAUGGUCAAACUCUAUUCAUGUACCUAACGUGAUAUGGAGGAUGGAGAAACUAAGACAUUUAUAUCUCCCUAACAAAUGUAGUCGUAAAACAAAGUUGAAGUUGGGUACAUUGAGAAACCUCCAAACACUUGUGAAUUUCAACACCAAAAAUUGUUAUAUAAAGGAUCUUAUGACAAAUAUUAGAGAGUUGGAGAUUCGAGGGGCUUUCAAUAUUGAAGAUUUUUACACGGAAGAGUUGGGUAAGAAUCCACCCAUCGUCCAAAGUAGAUAUCUUCAUUCCUUGUCUAUCAUCAAUGGUGAAGGAAGAAUAGAUCCAAGACAUUUGACUCACCUUCUUUCAAGCUGCGAUAGCAUUUUUAAGUUGAGCUUAGAUGUGGAAGUAAGAAGGUUACCAGAUCAUCACUACUUGUCUUCAAAUCUCACUUACAUAAAGUUUUUUGUUUGUAAUUUGUGCAAGCAUCCAAUGCCAACACUUGAGAAACUGCGUUACUUAAAUAUGCUUGAAUUACAUGAAGAGGGUUUUAUAGGAAAGGAAAUGUUUUGCUGUGGACAAGCUUUUGCUAACCUUGAGGCUCUAAGCUUUAAGAAGCUUAACAAUCUGGAGAUGUGGAAAGUGGGUGAAGGAGUCAUGCCUUCUCUUCAGCGAUUGGAGAUACAAAAAUGCAGACAGCUAAAAAAUCUUCCAGAUAGACUGAAGUUCAUUGCAACCCUUCAAGAACUGAAGAUGGACAGCGAGUGGUAG